GUGCAAGUGCCAUUCAUUGGAGUGGCGGCGGCGGCGACACACAGUCACAGAGAGGAGAACACAGUCGGCGAAAUCAAACCAAUGGCGGUUCCGGGGAGGCGCAACGGCAUGAACGAGGAAGACGAAGACGAAGAACCCAUCGCCCUUUUCGAAGAAGAAGGUCUCAUCGAAGAUGAUGAAGAAGCCGAAACGCCUCCUCAUCUCCGUGCUCUCUCCCUCGCCGCUCAACGUGGCGACGUCAACGCUCUCCGCCUCGCUCUUGAUAACUUGACUGGUAGUAUUGAUGAGCCAGUGGAGGAUGGGGAUUCAGCUCUCCAUUUGACCUGUCUAUAUGGCCAUUUGGAAUGUGCCCAGCUGCUGAUACAAAGAGGAGCGAACUUGGAGGCUCAGGAUGAAGAUGGCGCGAUUCCUUUGCAUGAUGCUUGUGCAGGAGGAUUUACGCAGAUUGUUCAACUGAUACUCAAUAGUGCUAAUGGCACAGAGCAUAUAAAAAGGAUGCUUGAAUCAAUUGAUUCUGAAGGUGAUACUCCUCUUCAUCAUGCUGCCAGAGGUGAGCAUGCUGAUGUGAUUAGGUUGUUGCUGUCUAAUGGUGCUUCUACCACAAAGACAAACUUAUAUGGGAAGGUUGUUGCUGUCGAAUGGUGCUUCUACCACAAAGACGACAGAUCCCAGCAGAGUUACCUGAUCAUGGCACAGAUGCUAAGUUGCUGCUGGAAGCAGCCGCUACACAAAUGGCAAGCUAAUAGCAUAAGAACGGCAGUUAGUGGAAAUAUUUAGUUUCAUUCUGACCGAUAGUUCUCAAUUCGGGCCAUACAAAGUGUUAUACUGUAUACUCAUUUCUCGUAGUACCGAUUUAUUUGGACACCUUCGCGAAUGAAAACUUUGGAGAGAUAACAACGAGGAUUCACGGAUCAAUUUAUUUUUAGGGCACUACCUGGCCUAUUUUCAUUA